AUGGGGAACCAGUUGGCCGGCAUCGCGCCCUCUCAGAUCCUGUCGGUGGACAGUUACUUCUCGGACAUCCACGAGUUCGAGUACGACAAGAGCCUGGGCAGCACCCGCUUCUUCAAGGUGGCCCGGGCCAAGCACCGCGAGGGGCUGGUGGUGGUCAAAGUGUUCGCCGUCCAGGACCCGUCGCUGCCGCUCACGGCCUACAAGCAGGAGCUGGAGGAGCUGAAGCUCAAGCUGCGGGGGGCCCACAACUGCGUGCCCUUCCAGAGGGCCAACUUCACCGAGAAAGCCGCCAUGCUCUUCCGGCAGUACGCCAGGGACAACCUGUACGACCGCAUCAGCACCCGGCCCUUCCUCAACAACGUGGAGAAGAAGUGGAUCGCUUUCCAGAUCCUCAACGCCGUGGACCAGGCUCACAGGGUCGGCGUCCGCCACGGGGACAUCAAGACCGAGAAUGUCAUGGUCACCAGCUGGAACUGGGUGCUGCUCACCGACUUCGCUAGCUUCAAGCCCACCUAUCUGCCCGAAGACAACCCCGCCGACUUCAAUUACUUCUUCGACACCUCCAGGAGGAGGACCUGCUACAUCGCCCCGGAGCGCUUUGUAGACGGGACCAUGUUCACCACCGAGAUGGAAGCGGCUCGGGAUUCCACUACCCCCAUAGUGGACUUGACCAGCAACAACCAGAGGACAAGAGGAGAACUCAAAUCGGCCAUGGACAUCUUCUCUGCAGGGUGUGUUAUUGCUGAACUCUUCACAGAGGGAGUGCCUAUAUUUGACUUAUCUCAACUGCUGGCCUAUAGAAAUGGACAUUUUUCUUAUGACCAGGUUCUCAACAAGAUUGAGGAUGUGAAUAUAAGAGGGUUGGUCAGUCAAAUGAUCCAACGUGAACCAGAAAAACGUUUAACAGCAGAGGAGCACCUUAAGCAACAGAGGGGGAAAGCGUUUCCAGAGCUGUUUUAUAUUUUUCUGCAACCAUACAUGGGGCAGUUUGCAAAAGAGACUUUCCAGUCUGCUGAUGAGCGUAUCCUGGUAAUACGCAAAGACCUAGAAAACAUUCUACAAAAUGUUUGUGGAAGCGACCAGACUGAAAAAAGUGAAGGAGAAACAAAAGAGCAUGGUUUGGUUAUUUUGGUGUCUGUUAUUACUUCCUGUCUGCAGACACUCAUGUACUGUGAUUCAAAACUAGCUGCUUUGGAACUUAUUCUUCACUUGGCGCCCAGACUAACCGGCGAGAUCCUGCUUGAUCGGAUUACUCCAUAUCUCUUGCAUUUCGCCAAUGACUCCAUACCCAGGGUACGAGCUGAAGCAGUCAGAACGCUGACCAAAGUCCUAGCUCUUGUCAAAGAGGUGCCGCGCAAUGAUGUGAAUAUUUACCCUGAAUACAUUUUACCGGGUAUUGCGCACUUAGCUCAAGAUGAAGCCACGCUUGUCAGAUUAGCAUAUGCAGAAAACAUAGCACUUUUGGCCGAGACUGCCCUUCGAUUUCUAGAAAUAGUCCAAUUGAACAACUUGAACUUGGAAAGUGAACUAAACGGUGAAGAAACCGAGGAAAUGUUGCACCCCAAUGAAAACUAUGAUUCAGAGUUGCAAGCCCUCCACGAGAUGGUUCAGCAAAAAGUGGUGACUCUGUUGAGUGAUCCAGAGAAUAUCGUGAAGCAAACUCUAAUGGAGAAUGGCAUAACCCGGCUUUGUGUGUUCUUUGGACGUCAAAAGGCUAACGAUGUCCUUCUGUCACAUAUGAUCACUUUUUUGAAUGACAAGAAUGAUUGGCAUCUUCGAGGUGCUUUCUUUGACAGCAUAGUUGGUGUGGCUGCUUAUGUUGGUUGGCAGAGCUCAUCUAUUCUUAAACCACUUCUUCAACAAGGACUGAGUGAUGCUGAGGAAUUUGUCAUCUAUAAGGCUCUCAAUGCCCUGACCUGCAUGUGCCAAUUGGGACUUCUACAAAAGCCCCACAUCUAUGAAUUCGCAAGCGAUAUUGCACCAUUUUUGUGUCACCCAAAUCUCUGGAUACGUUAUGGAGCUGUAGGAUUUAUAACUGUGGUGGCACAACAUCUGAAUAUUGCAGAUGUCUACUGUAAGCUGAUGCCAUAUCUCCAUCCUUUCAUCACCCAGCCUAUAAUACAGAUAGAUAAAGAAAUCGUGUUGCUGAGUGUUCUCAAAGAGCCUAUCAAUCGCUCUAUAUUUGAUUAUGUGUUACGGACGAAGGAUAUAAUGACCCUCUACAGGCACUUACAUCUCCGCCAAAAAAUACGUAAUGGACUAAUUUUAGAAUGCCCAGGCCCAGAGGAUCCAGUUAUUGCACAGCUGUUAAAGAAACUACUUUCUCAGGGGAUGACUGAAUCAGAUGAAGACAAACUUCUAGCUCUGAAAGAUUUCAUGCUGAAGUCGAACAAAGCCAAAGCUAAUGUGGUGGACCAGAGCCACAUAAGUGACAACAGUCAGACUGGAGUAAUUGAUCUGACGGCCCUGGGAAUCCCUGGCAGACAGAUUGAUCUUGUUAAAGCAAAACAGGAAAAUGAUGACAAACGAGCAAGAAGACAUGUGAAGCAAGAUUCAAACUUAAACGAAGAAUGGAAAAGUAUGUUUGGUUCUCUUGAGCCUUCAAACAUUGUACCGUCAUUGUCUAAAGUGCUUGUAGCCCCUGGAGAACAGGAAGGUGGUCAGGGGAAGAAUCUUCGUUCAGAAUCUUCACCAGGAAUAAUGAUCACCGGCAGCACAGCAGUGCCGCAGGUAUCCGAAGGAACUGUGGUCCUAACAAGGAAACCAAUGUCUUCCAUGCCAAUAUUGCAAACUGGAAAUGUUCCAACAUUGCCCUCUUCAUAUCAGAGACGCAUUACCACGUGUGGGACUGAUCUUCAUCACUUGAUUCAGCAGAAGCGAGAGCAAUGCAGUGCUGAGCGAAUGGCAAAGCAGUUAAUGGAAAGCGCUGAAUGGGAAAGCAAGCCUCCACCGCCAGGGUGGCAUCCUAAAGGGCUUUUAGUUGCUCAUCUUCAUGAACACAAAUCAGCAGUCAACCGGAUCCGGGUUUCUGAUGAACAUUCUAUCUUUGCGACCUGCUCAAAUGAUGGGACUGUGAAAAUCUGGGAUAGUCAGAAGAUGGAGGGAAAGACUACAACUACCAGAUCAAUCUUGACUUAUUCUCGUAUUGGAGGGAAAAUCAAAACUCUGACCUUCUGCCAGGGCUCCCACUAUCUCGCUGUAGCUUCAGACAAUGGAACUGUCCAGCUUCUGGCAAUUGAAGCAAGCAAACCACCCAAAUCUCCCAAGAUACAUUCACUGCAGAGCAGGAUUUUGGACCUGAAGGAUGAUGGCUGUGUAGUGGAUAUUCAUCAUUUUAAUUCAGGUGCUCAGUCUGUCUUAGCAUAUGCAACCGUAAAUGGCUCUUUAGUUGGUUGGGACCUGAGGUCUUCGACAAAUGCCUGGGUGCUAAAGCAUGAUUUGAGACUUGGGCUCAUCACCUCAUUUGCUGUAGAUAUACAUCAGUGCUGGUUAUGCAUAGGUACAAGUAAUGGAACAAUGGCUUGCUGGGACAUGAGAUUUCAACUUCCAAUAUCGAGUCAUUGUCACCCAGCAAGAGCUCGUAUCAGACGUCUACUAAUGCAUCCCCUCAGACCGUCCUGGGUCAUUGCAGCUGCUCAGGGAAACAAUGAGGUGUCGAUGUGGGAUAUGGAAACUGGAGACCGGCGUUUUACUCUCUGGGCAAGCAGUGCUCCACCAUUAUCUGAAAUGCAGCCUUCAGCUCAUAGUGUACAUGGAUUAUACUGCAGUCCAGCAGAUGGAAACCCUUUACUACUGACUGCUGGCUCAGACAUGAGGAUAAGGUUCUGGGAUCUAGUCUACCCAGGGCGAUCUUACAUUGUAACAGGAGGUGCUAAUGAUGCUCUACAUUGCCCAUCGGUUUCAUAUUCUGGAAAGAUAAUUGAAGGAACUGAGGUUGUACAGGAAAUUCACAGCAAACAGAAAGUUGGAUCGUCAGAGGAUGUGCCUCGUCGAGGUCCUGAGUCUCUUCCAGUGGGACACCAUGAUAUUAUCACGGAUCUUGCUGCUUUCCAAACUACCCAAGGUUUCAUUGUGACUGCGUCACGAGAUGGGAUUGUCAAAGUAUGGAAGUAAUGGUUACACUGAGAAUGUCAACAGCUAAACUGUAUUCUUGUUGAAAGCAAAUCUUUACUGAUGGAAUUGUCAACAUCUACACAUUGCACAUAGGUAUUACAUAGGGAUGCUUUUACGAUUGGAUGAAGGCAAUCUAUUAACAGAAUUUGUUUUCUUGUUGUGGCAUGCUAUUUUUAUAUUUCAAUAAGAUUAAAACUUCCAUAACCUCCUGACCUGAAUAGUUGUAGUAAAUGAGAUCACAGAAUGCUUUUCAGCAGAAUGCUGAAAAAGCCCGUGGCUGGUGUUACUAAAUGUAGCUCACAAACCUGGGAUUAAUGCUACCCCUGUCCAGGUGUACUAUAAAUGUAUCCGAGAUAUUACUUGUGUCCAAAAUGUUCAGAGUUAAUUUAUAUACCGUCAUGAGUUCAAGUAAUUUGAAUUGUUUUGGAGCAUUAAAAGCAAAGUCAUUUAAUUAAUUAUAACUUUAAACUUAUAUAAUUAACUGAUACUCCAAUGUAGUGAGGGGGUGCCUUGCAUUGUUGCCGGUGUUGUCUUCAGCUGAGACAUUACAUUGAGGUCCUGUCUGUCUGUUCAGU